CUAACAAACUAAACUCUUUCCUUUGAUUCUGUUAAUUUGCUCCCAAAAACACACAUUUACACAUCUUAGAGAGAUGUCGAUCUCCGGAGCUGUGCUUAGUGGGUUAGGUCCUUCGUUCUUGAUCAGUGGAGGCAAGAGAAGCGGCAUUGGUGGUGGAGCUAUGAGAGUUUGCCGGAAGAAUGUGAUCAUUUCUCCUCAGCGCAAGAAGUCAUGGGUCUCGGCCGCCGUGAAAGGUGAUGGCAACUCAACGAACGACCCCAAAUGGCUUGAUGAUGCCUCACAGAAAGCUUCGGAGUACGUGAAGGAGAAGGGAAGUGAAGUGGGAAGCGUGUCUUCUCAAAAGGGACAAGAGCUUCAAACUCAGAUGGAGAGAGCAAAAGACUACAUUUUUGGAAAAGCUGGUGAAGCAAUGGACUCGGUGGCUGAAAAUGCAAAGAGAGCUUCGGAGUAUGUGACCGAGAAAGGCAAAGAGGCGAAGGAAGAAACUGCUUCAAGGACCGAAAAAGCCAAAGAUUUUAUCGUUGAAAAAGCCGGUGACAUCAAAGAUACGGCAACGGAUAUGAGAAACAAAACGUCUAAGUACGUCGGAGAUAAAGCAACGGAGGCUAAAGAAGCAAUAUUGCCUCCAAAAACUGAUGCAUAGAUUAAUGUGUUGGUCAUUUAAUUAGAGGUUCGAACCUACAAGAAAACAACCAAUUUCCGACAGACAAUUCUCAUGUUAUAUACUUGGAGCCAUAAACAUAUUGAAGCAAUGUAGAAAAUAAUAUCGCUGUUUUUACUAUGUGUGUAUAAGUAAACUGUUAUAUAAAGUAUUUAAUUAUUC